AGAGGAGAAGAAGACAUUGUCCAGCAGAGACAGACAACGAGCUGCCCGAGCUCCACAGACCCGCAGCAAAUGGACAUUCCGCGGCCGGAGAGGAUGAGAGUUUGACGCGGUCAUGAAGGAGCGUGAAUGAAGAACAAUGAGCAUCGAGUGCUGACCUGGAAACAAAAGUCGGAGAAAGAAAAGUGAAAAACACAACAGACAAAGCGCCGAGGACACGAUGAACAUUGACAAGUUGCGUCUGCUGUGAUUCCUGAAGUCUGAAAGCAAGGUGAAGCUGGAGAGAAAUCACAAUGUCACGCUCAGAUGAGGUCAACAAGAUGACAGAAAAUGUCUACAAGGGCAUUCUGGACCAGUUCAACCCCAGUCUGAAGAAUUUCGUCACUAUGGGGAAACACUAUGAAAAGGCUCUGACUGGCGUCACAGUGGCAGCUAAAGGAUAUUUUGACGCUCUGGUUAAACUGGGAGAGCUGGCCAGCGACAGUCAGGGCUCAAAAGAACUGGGCGACACGUUGUUCCAGAUGGCGGAGGUUCAUCGGCAGAUCCAGGUCCAGCUCGAGGACGUGCUGAAGUUGUUUCAUUCAGAGCUGCUGUCUCAGCUGGAGCAGAAACUGGAGCUAGACAUCAAGUAUCUCACCGGUACGCUGAAGAAAUACCAGAGUGAAAGGAAGUCAAAGGCGGAGUCGAUCGAGCGCUGUCAGUCACAGCUGAAGAAGCUGCGGAGGAAGAGUCAGGCCAGUCGACAUCCCAACAAAUAUGGAGACCGAGAGAUGCAGUAUGUAGAACUGAUGAGCCGUCGACAGGCUGAGCUGGACUCUCUGGUGGCGGUGGGCUACAGAUCUGCUCUGACAGAAGAAAGACGCCGCUACUGUUUUCUGGUGGACCGUCAGUGUUCAGUCACCAAGAUCCUCAUCAACUACCACUGCAAGGUGAGAGAGCUGUUGUCUCAGAAGCUGUCAUCAUGGCAGCAGUCCUGUGCUCAGCCCACUAAACUGCCGGAGCGGGCGCUGAACCUGCUACGCCACACUGCCCCCCAGAGCUCUGGAGGAGCGGGACUGGCGGAGGUGCUGCGAAACGCCAAACUGGGCAUCACACAGCCUGCAGAACAGAGGCUGUCAGUGCAGGAGGUUCCUCCUCUGUUAAACGGUGACAGCAGCAGCAGUCGCUCUCAGCAGCAGCAGCACUCUCAAUCUGACAGUCUUUCCCCUAGCAGCGCCUCUCAGCAGAAUGGACACGCCCACUCCAGCUCUACAGCAAGCCCUGCCCACUCCCAGCCAGCAGUGGGUGUGGUCAGCUCUGUAGGCCACACCUCAGGCUCCUCCCACAGCUCUCUGCAGGGCCUGACUCCGCCCCUCGCAGCACCUCACAGCCCUCCUCUGCCCCACAGUGCGCCUCUUUCCCGUGCGCUCACACCCGUCCCGUCUGCGGCUCCUCAUGCGGCGUCCGGCCUCGGUCUGCUGUACGGCACGUCCACCCUCCCACUGCCCAGGAGACAGAGCAGCGACGCACACACCUCUUUCUUGGGCUCCACUCUGCCUCGUGUUCUUCCUCUGUGUUCUCCGUGUCGUGUGGAGGCUAUGUUCGCUCACUCCUCUGAGUCCUGUGAUGGAGAUCCAGCCGGUGGAGGAGGUUCCUGUCUGCUGUCCUUCCAACCCGGAGACAUGCUGGGCCUGCUGAUCAGUGAACCCCGGGACGGCUGGCACUAUGGGCAGAACGAACGCACCGGACGAAAAGGCUGGUUUCCUUUCUCCUACACGCAGCCGUGCCCGAACACUACUGGACAUGACAUCAGUCCUGCUGUGCUCUCUAAGGUUAACAGCACCAGUAUGGGUCAGCUAGACAGGCUUCCUCCUGCCGGUCAGCAGCUGCAGGUCAGUCCAGACUCAGAGGACGAGCGCAGCAUCAUCUCCCAGCGGAUCAGCACCUUCAGGCCCAGACCCUACAGCAUGAUGAAUCCCGACACCGGCAGGACCAGUCCACGCCUGCGCUUCAAGGACAGGAUGUCCACUGAUUUUUCUCCUCCUCCUCCAUCCCCUACCAGGAUCAACCCGUUCGCUCAUAUUCAGCUCAGGAAGACGGUGACCAACGACCGCUCCGCUCCUCUGAUACAGUAAAGAUGAUCGGAUAAUUACUGCAAAGAUGCCUUGAUGAUCUACUAAACCUUCCAGAGGCAGGAUUUACACUUCUGCUGACAGAAACAGAGAAUUAGGUGCUGUUAAAUGUGUUAAGAUCAUUUAGGAGAUUGAGUGUAUGUUAGUUAUAUAUAGAGUUAAAGACAAGCUGAUAAGCCCUCUUGUAAAUUAAAAAACAUAGAUUUCUCAAGUGCAGUUUAACAAAGCAAGGAUUUUUUUCGGACUUUUUUCGCAAAUCU